AUGAAUUCUACAAAUACCACGCCAUAUACAAUAUCUGACUGGCCAAAUGCAGCCGCAGCAGUUUUAAUGAUUACGAACACUUGUAUUGGAUUCUUUUUCAACUUUUUGAUCAUCACCAGCUUUUUCACUGACAAGAAGCAAAAAACUUCGUUCAAUUUGGUAUGUGUCUUCCGUUCCAUCAACAAUGUUGCAAUUAUAUUCAUUUUAACUAUUGUAUACAUUCCAGCAAUUAUCAUUGGCGAAUCCAUAUAUCAUCCAAUGGUAGAAACAGUUCUCUUGACUACAGCCAUGAAUCUAAAAGUGUACAAUGAAUUUCAAAGUAUCUAUCUCUCGAUCAAUCGCCUCGUAGCCAUAUAUUUUCCACUCAAAUAUAAUUUUCUGUUUGGUAUCAAGCUUACACUGGCAUUUCAUUUCAUAUACUACCUGGAUCGUGUUAGAAAUGUUACCUUUGAAAAUAUAGACCGAUACAAAGACUCAAAGUUUAUGCUUUUCUCUGUGAAACACCUGGCUUACGGUGGCGUCUUCGUGACUCCAGAUGGUAUUUUCUACUGGUCUCUCGGUCUCCUUAUCUUCCCAUUUUUUGUAAACAUAUUCACAUUUGCAAGACUUUACUAUUUAAAGAGAAAAACAAACCAGAAUGCUGCAAAUUUCAAAGACAUCAAAAAGAAUAUGGCAUUGUUCUUUCAAAUUAUUUUUCAAGAUUCCUUAUUCUUUAUCAGUGUUGCCUUUACCAUGAAAAUGAAUAUGCUCAUCGACCAUCGUUUCUACUCAUUCUUCAGUCAAACUUUCCUAUGGCAAAGCAUACAUGUCAUCGAUGGGAUAAUAAUGCUGUUAUUCAACGAAGGCUUGUCUCGUAAGAAACGUGUCACAUCUAUCGAAGCAUCAAAGAAACACACGUCAACUGCGGGCCCGGUGAUUCAGACACCGACCAUAGUCACUUGA